AUGGCGUCGCAGAAGUUGGUUCUCCCCUCGCUUCCAGCGGCAAGCACUCACCGCGGCCCGCUCUCACUGGACCAGCUUUCUCGAAAACGCCUCCAAGCGCUCCUACACGCCAUCACAGGCGAGCUCAAGGCUCGAGGCACGCGAACGCCCCAUGUCUUUCUUCCGUUCCGCCUGCGCAUCGACGAUACCAAGUUGGAGAUGUUUUUGCGAACCGUGUUCCCCCAUGGCCAGUAUGCGGGAGAUGCAGUGCUAGGUGCGGUCAAGGACUUUGACGAGUUUACGCUCGUGUGCGGCCUCAAGUACUUGUGGUGCAGACUUCCAAACAAUGAAGUUAUUGGAUGGAAAGUGUAUCUUGAGUUUCGGCGCCGUGAGCACGAAGCAGGCUAUCCCAAGGACGCAUUUCUCACCAUCAUGCCCAAAUGCCUACUGUCGUCGGCACAUGCGUCUAUAGUGUACGAUUUUCUCGAUCUUCUCAUAAGCAUCGCCUCAAACUCGCAGUAUAACCACCUAAGCGGGCGCAAAGUAGCCAAAAUGGCAAGCUUGUGGGCGUUCAACGUGGCUCCACACUCGGACCUGGCCUUUUAUGAUGCGACUGCUAUUCGUGAAAACACCUUUUUGGAUGGCUUGGACGCUUGGAAGCUCCACUGCAACGGCUUGUUCCACUUGUGUCUCUCAUUUCUCCGUGCCAUGUUGCCUGACACAGAAUCAGAUACUUUGAAUCUCCCGAAGACGCUCCAGUCGUUGCUUGUUACCAGCUCCUAUCCUCCACCAGAUAAUGCACCUUCAACAAAAUCUGUCAUUGUCAUUCCGUGCGUGCAAGUACGUACAACUGUACCAUGCUCUGACCCGUACGAGCUCAUAAGCAAGGUUCGUCACACUCUACGCUUCGACCGCAAAGACGACUUUUUGUCUAUUGAAAACUACACUAUUCUCAAAAGCAUUUUCCAGAAAGGCUCUACGAAUGAAAUCGUCGAUACCUUGACCGAAGAGUCUCGCCGUGUGCUCACACGUUUGUGUGCACCGCCUAUCGACUCAGAAUUUAACUUAUACCCGGGCUGGGUCAAGCCUGACAAGAUUGAUACAGAUAUACCCAUGUACUCAGAGGUUUCCAUUUCCAAUGUUACGCUACAAGAUUACUACAUUUGGACCUGGCUUCUGUCUCUAGGCUCGGAUCAGACUGUUUCUACCAAGGCCCUCUUUGGCCGUUCUAUUGUUGUUGAAGCAGGGCUACAUGGCUUUCAAAAAUGGUUGAUCAUAUCUGAGGUCACGAUAUCGCCCGAAGACUACAUCAAUAAGUUCAAGGAUAUUGACCCACCAACGAAUGAGCCUCCAUAUCCACCUGUGAAGACCGACGCUCCCCAGCCUCGGAAGACUGUCCCCAUUCAAGCCCCCACUAAAGCAGAACUCCCGCAAGCGCCUACUAAAACAGAACUUCCGCAAGCACCCUCUAAAAUGGAAAAUCCACAGGCUCCUACCAAAGUGCUGAAAAGCACUAAGAGUAUACCUCCUUACCCUAAAACUUCUCAAGCUGCAACACAAAAGAAUGAUUUGCCUCCCCCACCUCCGAUUGAGAAGGAUGGAUUGUUGCCAGAUGUCAACUUCGAGGCUGACAAAUUCAGUUUCGAGUCGCUUUCGGAAGCUGCGCAGGCUAGUAACCUGCAAUAUUCAGAUAACCAAUACUCAUUGGAUGGAGAAACUAGGUUGGCCGCAGAUGUCAAGGACAAACUCAAGAUUCUGCAACCGAAGAAAAAGACACAACGGCAAAGACCCCCUCCUCCUCUACUUGUGCCCGAACCACAGAAGAGUGCAAAACUGUCUCCGAAAAAGGUGACACCCGUAUCGAAACCUCUGUAUGAAGAGCGGCCAUUAUAUAUGCCAGAAUUCGAGACUUUCCAGAAUUAUGUUUCCAACUUUGAGGAGCAAAGCAACCCAUCUUCACAGUACCUGGAACCUUAUGACACGUAUGUGACUCCACAAGAAAAAACCUUACAGAAGGUCGAUGAUCCAUACGAGAAUUAUGUCGUUCCGGGUGAAAAAUCACACGCUGUGCAUGAUCUGGCAAAGCUUGAAACAUUACCACCCCCAGCUCAAUCAUUUAGGAAGUCUCCACCACGGACUUACAAGGAAAAGCAAAAAUCUCCUCUACCUCGGGGAGAAUCUCAUAGUCCUUACCAACACCAAGACUAUUCUAGUGAAAAUCCGCAAAAUGAAGGUAAUUUUACCUCAACUCAAGCACACGCUCAACAGAAUACUGUUAACCAUACCCAUCUUUCGAAACAAGAGUUCGAGAACCACAGUUAUGACAAUAUUAACCAAAGACCCCUUAAGAUUGAAACACAGGACCACAACCUCAAGCAGAGACCUCUCGAGACUGCAAGGAAGAAUGGAAACUCUGUCAAUGGACCAUACGACAUGGAAACUGCCUACUCGUAUGGGCAGAAAUCUAACACUUACGAGCAAAAUUAUCCUCAGGACCAAACAUACGAGAACUCUCAAGGACAUCAUUAUCAAUAUCAAGAUAUAGCACAGGAUAGCCCUUCUUCCCAAUAUCCUCAAGACGAUGAUGGAGUCUCACCACAGAAAAACUAUGAUCAUGAACCUUACCAACAAAUAGCACCUUCCCCAGAAGUGGGAACGAACUCUAGCGAGGGAGAAGUGAAGAAAAAGAAAAAGAAGAAGAAGAAGCGGAAAGAAUUUGAUCCUUUGCAAAACUUACCUGAUGGCCCUCCUCCCAUGCUUCCUCCCAUGCAUCUCCUACCGGACGGCCCUCCACCACCAUUACCAUUUCCUGCUGAUCAUGCUGAAGUGCCAGAUCCAAAUCACUAUCAAAACUAUGGAGCAUCGUACUUACAGGAUCAGCAGCAUCACUCACAGCAACAGCCGUACGAGAAUUACACCCAGCCCCUUCCCGCACCUAAGAAGCGCUCGCAUAUGAAAGAUCCCAAGCUUGCCGCCAAUGGCUACCAAGAACAACCAUACAAUCAACACGUGGGCAACGGACCAUCCCCAGGUCACUCAAGAGCGCAAGAGAACACAUACAUCUCUCCACAGCGCAUGGAACCUUACUCUCCAGGUACUCAUGCUUAUCAGAUGCAAUCUGCUCAUUCUCCUGUGGCUUCUCCAAAUAUACCCAAGAGUCUGACCACACAACCUGUACCGCUACCUGGACCACAGCAAGGGUACGCAGAACUGAGGCCGCCUCCGCGCCAACACCAACCUCAACAAUAUUUAUCUCCACCACACAUGAUGGCACCUCGUCGUGCGUCUCCGCAAUACCUGCAAUAUCAACAACCGCCUGAGCAACAACCUUACCCUAUACCAAACCAAGGGUAUCCACGCCAGGCUAGCAUGAGCCUGAACCAGCAUCACAUGGUCCCACAUAACGCAGGUCCGAUGCACACCACCAUGAAUUCUGUACAUCCAUCACACCAAAAAAUGAACCAGCCACAUGGAAUGCCGGAAUACCCACCAAUGGGUUCUCCUGGUCAGAUGCCGGUUUCACGAAGCAUGCCUCCAGGACAGCCCAUGUAUGGAUAUCCCCCACCGCACAUUCAACAGCAAAUGUACUUUCCACCUCCUCAAGGAUACGGUCCACAACCCGUGAAGCCUAGUCCAACGACAAGCGAGUUGACCAUGAUGAGCAUACCUACACACGGCAAGUUCAACAAGAACAAGAAACCAAACAAGGCAGGUAUGCGUGCGGCCUUGACCCAAGGUGAAUUCGGAAUCUAA